AUGUCAGAAGUCAAACGAACCAUCAGAAUCACCACCAUCCAACGUGUUUUGAAAGAUGUGGCCCCCGUGCAGGAGGGAUUUCCAAUGAGAAAAUGGUCGAUCCAAAUAUCCAUGCUGAAUUCGGACGGCAAAGAAGUCCCCGCAACGAUCUUUGACAAAGUGACCUACCAUCUGCAUCCUACGUUUGCACAACCCGUCAGAGCCAUCAAGAAGCCGCCCUUCAAGAUUGAGGAAGAGGGAUGGGGAGAGUUCGAUCUAUCAAUAGCAUUGACUCUGGUAGACAGAGCUGGGGAGCGCAAAGUGGCCCACGAUCUCAACUUUUUGAAAGAGAAGUAUAUCGUCGAUCAUACGAUCUCGAUACCACUGACCAAGCCCGGCUUGAACAAGCUGCUGGCCGAAACGGGCCCAUUGCCUGGAGACGAUGCUUCUGCUGGAGACAAACGCAAAAACGGUACCCCAGUUGAUUCCUCGAGAACCAAGAAGACAAAGAGCGUGGCCACCAAGGGUGGAGUGGACUUAGAGAAGCUUGCCGAGGGCCUGACCAAGUUGAACGAGGACGAUCUUCUGGGAGUCGUGCAGAUGGUCAACGAUAACAGAACCCCCGAGAUGAACAUCAAGAACGAUAUUGAAGGAGGGGAGUUCACGAUGGACCUGUACACUCUGCCGGACCAGUUACUGAAGAGUCUGUUCGAGUACGUGACCAAACGCGCCCAGUAA